GCAGCACAUCUCGGCGGUACGCCAUUUCCCACAAUGCACCCGGACAGGAAUAAACAGAGAGCCAAGAUGGCGGCGGACAGUGAUCCCGAGUCUGAGGUGUUUGAGAUCACGGACUUCACCACCGCGUCAGAAUGGGAGAGAUUCAUAUCUCGGGUCGAGGAGGUGCUCAACGACUGGAAGCUGAUUGGCUCUGGUGUUGGGAAACCGCUGGAGAAGGGAGAACUCACCAGCGGCUCGUGGGAGGAGACCACGCAGGAGAUCAGCUUCUCUGACUUCAGGUUCUCCAUCACACAUCACUGUCUGAAGCAGGAGUCCGCUGAGAACGAGAGCAGGGACGAGCCGGAGGAAGAUGCGUGUCCGCUGGCCAUGCAGGACCUGCUGUGCAUGAACAACGACUUUCCCCCGCGAGCGCACUGCCUCGUCAGAUGGUUCGGUGUGCGUGAGUUCGUGGUGAUUUCUCCGGGAGCCAACUGUGAAGCUGUGGUCAGCGAGUCCAAGUGUAACCUGCUGCUGAGCUCCGUGUCCAUCGCUCUGGCCAACACGGGCUGUCAGGUGCCGCUGUUGGUGCAGAUCCAGCAGAAUUGGAGGAAGGUGUAUGCGGGUGAGUGUCAGGGGCCCGGGGUCCGCUCAGACUUCGAGAUGGUGCACCUGCGUAAAGCUCCUGGUCAGUACACACACCUGUCGGGCCUGCUGGACGUCUUCAAGAACAAGAUCGGCUGUCCGCUGACGCCGCUGCCGCCCAUCAGCAUCUCCAUCCGCUUCACCUUCGUCCUGCAGGACGGUCAGCAGUGCUCGUGGCCACAGCAGCCACCAGGUGCGUCUGACCUCUACCUGAGAGCAUCAGCCCACGCACAGUGCCUCUGCAGCUCUUCAGCGUCUUACAAACAGCUUCAUUCACAAAGUCAUGCCAUUAAAUGUUUCGUGCACUGCAAAAAAUAAAUGUCUUC